AUGACGGAUAUCAUGAUUUGCAGAAUCGUGCCUGAGCAACACCAUGACAAAUGCUUACCGUGCCUCCUCAUCGCGACCUGCGACGGGGGCGCCCCUCUUGCUCCUAACUUCCACGACCGAGAGCCAACGUACGAAGCUCUGGUGUCUUGCGUCAGCCCACGAAACUAUCAACAUUUGGCAAUUCUCCCCUUGUUGCUUCGAGCUGCCAGGUGCAGUUGGGCAGUCAAUAGGCAAACCGGCACCAGUGGGUGGCGACUAGAUGUUGACCCUAGAAGAGGUGGUUCUCUUGGAGCGUGCUUUGACCUUGAUAGCGCUGUCAACCGCGACUUGCGUGAUUUACGACCAUCUCACGACACUUGA